AUGUCUGCUGCCCCGAUUCCGGUCAUUGACCUCACCGGUGCCGACGAGGGCGGUGCUGCCCGCGACGCCGUGGCCCGUGCUCUCGUCGAGGCUGCCGUCGAGCACGGCUUUGUGUACAUUCGCAACACGGGGCUGGACAUUCCAGCGUCGGCCAUCAACGGCGCUUUUGACAUUUCUCGCAAGCUGUUCCAGCUGCCGGCCGAGGAGAAGGAGCCCUGCAAGAUCCAGACCAACAACCGCGGCUGGACGGGCAUGCACGUCGAGACGCUCGACCCCAAGACACAGCGGGUGCGUCCAUCGUAUAACUGGUGCCUGAGCACGGCCUUCAACUUUGGCGAGUUUGUCGACGGCAAGGCCCAGCAGCCGCUGCCCCCGUCGCUCGCUUCGGACGAGCCGCAGAUUGACGCCUUUUUCGACCUCUGCUACCGCCUCUGUCUGAAGCUCAACGACCUGCUGGGCAUCGGCCUCGAGGUCAACCCGCCCGAUUUCUUCACCGCCGCUCACCGCAAGGCGGCCGGCCCGUCGGGCAACACGCUGCGGCUGCUGUACUACCCGGCGCGUCAGGACACCGACGAGGACACCGACGGCGUCCGUGCGGGCGCGCACUCCGACUACGGUUCCAUGACGCUGCUCUUCCGGCUGGCCGGCCAGGCGGGUCUGGAAAUCAACACGCGCGACGGCAGCUGGGUCCCCGUGCCCGUGCUGCCCUCGGGCACGGGCGUCGAGACCGACGCCGCGCCUCCCAUCCUCGUGAAUAUUGGCGACCUGCUGUCCUACUGGACGGGGGGGCUGCUGCGGAGCACCGUGCACCGUGUGAUUUUCCCGCCGCCCGGUGUCGAUAGCGCCAACGUGACCCCCGGCGAGAGCACCAAGGAGCCGCGGUACUCGAUUGCCUUCUUCUGCCACCCCGCGGGCGCGAGCCCGCUGUCGGCAGUCCCUAGCAAGCGCGUAGCCGAGGCCGUGGCCGAGGCGAAGGGCAAGGGCAAGGCCAUUGCGGCGCCCGACAGCACGAUCAUGACGGCGGACGAGCACCUGCAGAUGCGCCUCCGCUCGACGUACCUGGAUCUCUACGAAAAGUAG